AGAGCGGCGGCAUCUGCUCCGCCUCCCGCCCCUGCUCCCGCCCUGCCGGCAGCCGGAGCCGCGAUGAGCCCGUCCUUCUCGCUGGCCGAGUGCGAGGUGCUGGGCUUUGACCUGGACCACACGCUAUGCCGCUACCGCCUCCCGCGCAGCUGCNAGCUAAUAUAUGACAGUUUUGCUCAGUACCUGGUAACGGAAAAGGGUUAUGAUAAAGACUUGCUGACUGUAACUCCAGAAAACUGGGAUUUUUGCUGUAAAGGCUUGGCUUUGGAUCUAGAAGAUGGGAACUUCCUUAAACUUGCAAAAGAUGGAACAAUUUUGAGGGCAAGCCAUGGUAUGAAGAGCAUGACUCCUGAAGAGAUCUUGGAGACUUAUGGAAGGAAGGAAUGGAAGCACUUUAAAACAGUCAGUGGAAUGAUCUCCCGUACAGCUAAAUAUUACUUCUAUGAUAACUAUUUUGACCUACCAGGAGCCCUUCUUUGUGCAAGGAUUGUUGAUAUCUUAGACCAGCAAGACGGUCAGAAAAAAUAUGAUUUUUGGAAGGACGUGGUUGCUGCUAUACAACAUAAUUAUAAAACCUCAGCUUUUAAAGAAAACUGUGGGACAUAUUUCCCAGAAGUGAAAAAUGAUCCAGGAAAAUAUAUACAAAGAUGUCCUGAGUCAGUGAAAAAGUGGCUAAGACAACUGAAAAAUGCAGGGAAGGUCCUGCUAUUAAUUACCAGCUCCCACAGUGACUACUGCAGGCUGCUGUGUGAACACAUCCUUGGGAAUGAUUUUGCAGAGUUUUUUGACAUUGUGAUCACAAAUGCUUUGAAACCUGGUUUCUUCUCACAUACGCCAAACCAAAGGCCUUUCCGAACACUUGAGAAUGAUGAGGAGCAGGAAGCUCUGCUAUCCUUGGACAAACCUGGCUGGUAUUCCCAAGGUAAUGCUACCCAACUUUAUGAACUCUUGAAAAAGAUGACCGGCAAGUUAGAACCCAAGGUUGUUUAUUUUGGUGACAGCAUGCACUCAGAUAUUUUUCCAGCCCGUCACUAUAGCAACUGGGAGACUGUCUUCAUUUUAGAAGAGCUUAGAGGGGAUGAAAUUAUAACGCCUGUGGAGACUGAGUCUGAGCCUUUGGAGAAGAAAGGAAAAUAUGAGGGACAUCAUCCCAAAGCUCCUAAUUCUGACUCUAAACAGUGGGGCUCUUUCUUUGUGGAUAAUAUCUCAGGAUUGGAAAGUACAGAAGACACCCUAGUUCAAACAUGGUGUUGCAAAUGCAUUAGUACUUAUAGCACUAUUGCAAUCCCAAGUAUUGAAGCAAUAGCAGAUUUGCCUCUGGAUUAUAGAUUUACCCGAUUUUCCUCAAAUAGCUCUGAAACUGCUGGUUUUUAUCCAAAUCCUCCAAGAUCAUUGCUGUCAAAUGGAUAUUUCAAAGAUGGUUUGGCUUCCAUUGCGACUUGGAGAUCUGAUGCCACAAUGAGGACUCACACACGGGGGGCCCCGAGUGUGUUUUUCAUAAACGUGGUUUAUUUCGCAUUGGCCUAUAGUACUGAUGAGAACCCAAGAACUGUGAUUCCUUUCAUCAAUGCCAACUACGACAGCUACCCCAUGCUUUACUUUUCUAAAGGAGAGGUGGGAGAUUUGCGGCUCAAGGCGGUCACUACACAUCAGCACAUCACAGAUCGGUUGACUGAGGCAGUGCAGACCAUGCUAUCCAAUCCACUGGAGUACCUUCCUCCCUGGGACCCCAAGGAAUUCAGCGCUCGGUGGAAUGAAAUAUAUGGAAACAACCUAGGUGCCCUGGCAAUGUUCUGUGUGCUCUACCCUGAGAACCUCGAAGCCAUAAACAUGGCCAAGGACUACAUGGAAAGGAUGGCGGCUCAGCCUAGUUGGUUAGUGAAGGAUGCACCAUGGGAUGAAGUCCCUCUUGCUCAUUCUUUAGUUGGUUUUGCCACUGCUUAUGACUUCUUGUACAAUUACCUGAGCAAGAAUCAACAGGAGAGAUUUCUUGAGGUCAUUGCCAAUGCCUCAGGAUAUAUGUAUGAAACAUCAUACAGGCGUGGAUGGGGUUUCCAAUACCUACAUAACCAUCAGCCUACCAACUGUGUGGCACUGCUGGCAGGAAGCCUGGUUCUGAUGAAUCAAGGCUAUUUGCAGGAAGCAUACUUAUGGACUAAGCAGGUGCUUGCAAUCAUGGAGAAGUCUAUAGUCCUGCUGCAAGAAGUUACAGAUGGAUCUCUCUAUGAAGGAGUGGCUUACGGCAGCUACACCACCAGAUCUCUCUUUCAAUACAUAUUUCUUGUCCAAAGACACUUUGGCAUCAACCACUUCAACCAUCCCUGGCUAAAACAGCACUUUGCAUUUAUGUAUAGAACUGUCCUCCCAGGAUUUCAGAGAACUGUAGCCAUUGCAGACUCCAACUAUAACUGGUUCUAUGGGCCAGAAAGCCAGUUGGUAUUUCUUGACAAAUUCGUCAUGCGCAACGGCAGCGGGAAUUGGUUGGCUGAUCAGAUUAGAAAGAAUCGGGUGGUGGAAGGCCCAGGGACUCCAUCCAAAGGACAGCGGUGGUGCACUCUUCACACUGAAUUUCUUUGGUAUGAUGCAAGUUUGCACUCUGUACCUCCACCAGACUAUGGAAUUCCAAAACUACAUUAUUUUGAAGACUGGGGAGUUGUAACAUAUGGAAGUGCAUUGCCAGCUGAAAUCAACAGGCCCUUCCUCUCCUUCAAAUCAGGAAAGCUGGGAGGACGUGCAAUAUAUGAUAUUGUUCAUAAAAAUAAGUACAAAGAAUGGAUCAAGGGGUGGAGGAACUUUAAUGCCGGGCAUGAACACCCUGAUCAGAACUCCUUUACCUUUGCUCCCAACGGUGUCCCUUUUAUUACAGAAGCCCUGUAUGGGCCAAAGUAUACCUUCUUUAACAAUGUGUUGAUGUUUUCUCCAGCUAUGUCAAAAAGCUGCUUUUUUCCAUGGGAAGGGCAGAUUACAGAGGACUGCUCAUCAAAGUGGUUGAAAUAUAAGCAUGACUUGGCUGGGGACUGCCAGGGUAGAGUGGUUGCAGCAAUGGAGAGAAGUGGUGUGGUUUUUAUCAGGGGAGAAGGAGUGGGUGCUUACAACCCAAAACUGAAGUUAAAACAUUUCCAAAGAAACCUUGUACUUCUACAUCCUCAGCUUCUUUUGCUGGUGGACCAAAUUCAUCUUGAAGAUGACAGCCCCCUAGAGGCAACAACCAGCUUCUUCCACAAUGUGGAUAUGCCUUUUGAAGAAACUGUUAUUGAUAAUGUCCAUGGGGCCUUUAUUAGGCACCAUGAUGAGAUGUAUAAGAUGUACUGGAUGGAUGAUGCUGGCUACAGUGAGAAAGCUACCAUUGCCUCAAAAAUGUAUCCUCGGGGAUAUCCAUACAAUGGAACAAACUUUGUGAAUGUAACAACCCACUUGCGACACCCAAUCACCAGAGGAGUUUACCUCUUCAUAGGACCUUCCAUAGAUGUCCAGAGUUUUGAUGUCCGUGGAGAUGCUGACCAACUGGAUGUCUUCGUAACAACUAGUGAGCAUUCCUAUGCAAUUUAUCUGUGGACAGUUGAGAAUGGAGCCCAUUCUGUCUUUGCACAAGUUAUCGCAGACCGACAAAAAAUUAUGUUUGACCAUGUUUCUGCCAUUAAGAGCUCUGCAGUGCCAGAAGUGGAAGAUUAUGUGGGCAUUGUGGAACAGAAUCUUCAGAAUUUCAAGCCUGUUUUCCAGCAGCUUGAGAAGCAAAUCCUGUCCCGUGUGCGCAACACAGAUAGCUUUAGAAAAACUGCUGAGCGCCUGCUGAGGUUUUCAGAUAAGAGACAGACAGAGGAGGCUAUUGACAGAAUAUUUGCUAUCUCCCAGCGGCAGCAGCACCAGCAGCAAGGCAGGGCAAAGAAAAGCAAAAAGGUAGCCAAAGGCUACAAGUUUGUUGAUGCUGUUCCUGACAUUUUUGCACAGAUUGAGGUAAAUGAAAGAAAAGUGCGACAAAAAGCACAGACUCAAGCACAAAAUGAGCUGCCCGUGGAUGAAGAUGAGGAAAUGAAAGACCUUUUGGAUUUUGCAGAUGUUACCUAUGUAAAGCACAAAACUGGGGCAUCACUCAAAGGUCGAUCAGGACUAGCACAUAUGAUGACCACUGCCCGAACCAGUGCAUCAUUAGUAUCAGCUUCGUACACCCGCCUUUUCCUAAUUCUGAACAUUGCUAUUUUCUUUGUCAUGCUGGCAAUGCAGCUGACCUGCUUUCAAAGAGCCAAGAGCCUACAUGGCCAAAGAUGCCUUUAUGCAGUACUUUUAGUUGACAGUUGUAUAUUAUUGUGGCUGUAUUCAUCUUGUUCCCAGUCACAAUGUUAACAAAAGACCAUGUACUACUUGACCAGUUUAUGGUCAUAUAUGUCUAUGCAAAAGCAUUAACCCUAAUAGGGCCAGAGUUUGUUUGUUCCUUUUCUGAAACAUUCCAGGAGGCAGCUGGGGAGAGAUUGAUUUCACACCAUGAGAGGAAGGAAAGUAAUGGGGCUCGUAAUGCAUUCCUCUGAGAAUUAAGUGCUCUUCAUCUGUUCUUUGGGUUGGAUUUAACAUCUGAAGGAAUGUUAUGCUUUGUUCAUCAGAGUACAUUAUAUUAAGCUGUAAUUAAUUUUUGCAAGAAAGAAAUAGAAUCCUCUUUUAUGGGACUUUUGUUUCCUAAGAGCUUUGGUUUUAUACACAAUUUGGUUUGCAUAGUUUAAUUUCAGACUGCUGCAGAGACCUAUAAAUAGGCCCUGUUUUAAUUUGCAGGCCCAGCUCACUAAUAUCCUGGCCCAAUCAUGGCAGGGGCCACCAUUGUCAUACCCAGAUCAUGGCACCCCAUCCCCUCCCCAGGCCCCCUAAUUGUCUGAGGGGGAAGAUUUAAGGUCAGGUUUAAUUGCAGCAGCAGAAGCCUUGCUCCCAAGGCCUCAGCUCACUGCUGAGAAGCCCAUGGCCCCCACGCCUCCUCCCCCCCAACUCACUGGACUAAGAUGUUUUUGGUUUGCCUGGAUUUCGUCUUACUGAAGGCAGAGAGUAGCAUGAUUGCAUCAGGGAAGCAGGCAGGCAAGAGGCUUUAUCCUGGGCUUGGAAACUGCUGGCUUCCUUGGGCAGAAAGCCCUGGUGCUAAACUGUGUGUGUGCGCACAUGCGUAUGUUCUCUCCCCCCAGCCCCUGGCACCCCAGUUUUCCUACCUGGAGAAGCAAACAGCCCCUCCCCUACCCAGUGCCAAGGCCCAGAGGAUGGAGAAGGCAGGCAGCCCUCAGGUGCCCCCAACCCUCCAUGCAAUCCCCAGGUGCCCUAGUUUUCCUACCUGGAGGAGCAAACAGCCCCUCUCUUACCCUUCCCCAAGCUCUUUCCUCCCCCUGUCCCUUGUGCAACCCCUUCCCCCUUCCCCUGGGCUGCCAGACUUUUGCUGCUGGCUGAAGAAUGCUGGGGAAGUUGACAGCAAGCAGCCAUAUCAUGGCAUUUAAUUGCAAAUCACAUUUUUCAUAAAAAUCACUUAAUUUCAUGAUUUUCACAACAAAAUGUGAAAUUGCAAUUUAAGCCAAGCCCUACCUAUUAAUGUGGCAUCCUUUUUUCAAAGAUAAGGUGUGCAGAGAGCUGCAAGUAGAAGAUUUUAUUCUUUUCCUUCAAACAGUGGCAAUGCAUAGGGGGUGCACAUGCAGCCUCUGACAGUGCUGGUGUACCCCCUGACAGCAGUGUUCCUGGGCAGAGGGGGUGCAGGCGAAGCACUGGUGCCCCCUUGAGAGCAUUGGCUGGGGAGGAGUGUCCCAGGAGAGGCAGUGCCCCCACGGCCGAUCCCACCGACCAAGAAUUGCCAGCAGUGCACUGCUUCCAGUUGUGGGUCAGCAGAAUGAGACACAGGGUACCCCAGCCCAGCCUGCGGGAUCGGUCACAGGGGACGCCCCCCAGUUGCUGACUGUCCUCUGGGGGGGAGGGGGGCAAGUGCCCCCCCGACUCAGGAGGCAUCACUUGCCCAUGCCUUCAAAUCAGAGAGCAUAGAGCAGCCUGAUCAAAUUACUUUAGAGCCCAUUUAUCAUGAUACCUCCUCUGUGCCUUCAAAAACAGUCACUGUAGGAAAGAGCAGUUUGUUUCACUGGUGACUGAGAGAAAGACAGUUUCAGUGAUCAACAGAUGCCAGAAAGAGGCAGCCAAGGCCCUAAUUUUAUGUCUAUACAUCUUUACUGUGGAGUUGACUAAUUAGCUGUGUAGUAAAACAUCACAGUCUACACAUGCACUGAUAUUAGGGUGCAGUAAAUGAACUCCAACAUAGAACAGUACUGUAACAGACAGUACUAUCCUUGGCAGAGUAAUUACGUGCACUCAAAUGUAUGUGUAGACUGUGAUGGGCUGGCUGGGGCACAAGGAGGCUACAGUGCUGGGGCUGCCUGCUGCCUAACCCCACACUGUAGCACUCUCAUAUCCUAGCCACUCAGAACCUGGGGCUGAUCCCUCAGGUCCCCUGCCAGCCCAGGGCUGCUUUGCCCCAGCCCAUAGUGCUGUGAUCCUGGGUAUACAUGUAAAUGCUGUGCCCAGGAGCAGCUAACUCCAGCGUGUACUAUGAAUUAAUUGCACAUGUAGAUGCACCCAGGGAGUAUCAUUCUGAACCUCUUCCCAUUUCUCAAAUCAGGUGAAAUUUGGAAAAGGGUGAACACUGCUGUCAUUUGUUCUUGAUUUUAUAGAACAGAGUUUCUUAAACCUUUUCACAGUUUUAAGCACAUCUUAAUCAGGAAAUUAACUUUUAGGUCAUCUUCCCUUUCAGAUGCUAUUGGAAGAAAACCCUAACCAUGUGGCAACUCCAUUAAUUGCCUAUGUGGGGGGAAAAGCUGUAUUAAGCAAGUAUUUAAUGUAUUUAUAGCUAUUUAUGUAACUGGAAACACAGAACAGCUAGAACCAUGCAACCAGGCAGCUCUCUGCCAAUCAUUAGGAACACAGGGAUGAAUAAUUUGGGGAUUGCAGAAUAACAUGGCUUCUGAAAUAAAUUAGUUUGGCACCCUCACUUGCUCAGUUUGUGAAAUUGAUUAUAAAAAAAAAAGCUAUAGAUACCUGGGAAGGGAUUCAGAAUGGGCAGACUAUAGAGCUGAUAUAUUUUGUACAUCUAUACAUCAAAAGAAAAAUCAAUCGUUUGAGUACAUUUUGCUAAAUAAACAAAUUAUAAUUUUUCUCUUG